AUGUCUUCGGAAAAGAUACCAAUGGACGCCAAAGAUGGUAAUUUCGUGCCCCAUUCGGCGGCCGCGAGCUCCGACCUCACGAUCGAUCCGGCUGCGGAAAAGCGUCUCCUUAGGAAAUUGGACGCAUGGCUCUCGCCGAUGAUGAUCAUUGCUUUCUUGGUCGCUUACCUCGAUCGCAGCAACAUCGGCAACGCCGCAAUUGCAGGCAUGACGGAGGACUUGAACCUCACGGGCAACAAGCUGAAUGUCGCUGUUACUGUGUUCUAUGUAACUUACAUCACCUUCGAAAUACCGGCAUCCCUGAUUCUCAAAAAAGCACGACCGAGUCGACUUAUCCCAUUCUUCAUCCUGUCCUGGAGCGCAACAGUCAUCGGUUCGGCCUUUGUCACCAACUAUGCCGGUCUUCUCGCAACUCGUCUCCUGAUCGGUGUCUUUGAGAGUGGUCUUUUCCCGUGCCUGACGCUCUACCUCAGCACAUACUACAAGCGCGAGGAACAAGCUCGAAGAAUUUCAUACCUUUUUGUCGCGUCUGCGUUAUCUGGUGCCUUUGGCGGUCUUCUGGCCUACGGAUUGACGAGCUUGCACGGUGCAAGUGGCUUGGCUGGAUGGAGAUGGCUUUUCCUUAUUGAAGGUGUCAUCUCCGUGGCAGUUGGCUUGGCCUUUAUCCUUCUGCUUCCUGAUAGCUUCGAGUCAGCCAGGUGGCUUACUGAAGAGGACAAGGCGUUGAUGCGCAUCCGAGCUGAGCAGUCCAGGGUCUACCAAGGCGAGUCAGAGACGUUCGAUAAGCAAGAAGUCAAACUCGCAUUCAAGGAUCCCAAGGUUUGGCUGUCAGCUGGCUGUCAAUUCUGCGCGAACACGUGCUCUUUCGGCUUCGGAACUUUCUUGCCAGUCAUCAUCCGCGGGUUUGGAUACAGCAGCAUCAAGACCCAGCUCCUGACUGUGCCGGUCUACAUCUGGGCGUCGGCAGUCUACCUCACCAUUGCUUAUAUCUCGGACAAGAUCAACAAGCGUGCUGUGUUUAUGGUUCCUAUGGCUUUAAUUACCGCCACCGGCUACGCUCUCAUGCUUGGUGUAAGCAUGAAGUCAACCUCGGUCCUCUACUUUGCGACUUUCGUCACGGCGACAGGCAUCUAUUGUGUUGUCGGCCUCAAUGUCACGUGGAUUUCGAAUAGUAACGCUGGAUACUUCAAGCGUGCCACGGCUAUUGGCCUGCAACAAACUAUCGGAAACAGUGCUGGUAUCAUGGCUGGACAGAUCUAUCGCAUCACUACUUCGGACGGAAGAUACACAAUUGGCCAUGCAGUUUCUAUCUGCACCAUUACGAUUGCGUCGGUUGGCUACUUUACCAUGUGGACUCUGCUAAACGGAAUCAACAAUAAGAGGGAGAACAUGAGUAUCGAUGAGAGGUCACGAGAGAUUGACUCAGGAAAGAAGGGCGAUAGACACCCUGAUUUCCGAUACACGCUUUGA